AGCGAAUCCUGAGACACAACAAUAUGCGCAACCUUUUCUGUCGAAUCCUGGCUGAGGCGGAUGUCGCUGCACACAUGGAGGUCCCCAUGCACAGCAUCGGCGUCAUCUCGCCAGACAACGACCCCAACAGCCAGCGAAUGGACAUCUACUGUGUGAUCGACGGUCAAAACUACCUCCUGUACGUCAUCAUCACCCACCCCUGCCGACCUGACGUCUCCCUUAUUCGCUCUCACCGAGACGUGGGCCGGCACAAUGCUCAGCUUUCGGGUGAAAAGGCAGCCGCCCUUGCUGAGAAAGCCAAGACCGCCAAGUACGGCCUCACUGUCCAAGCCAGAGGCUUCCGUUCUGUCCCCCUUGCCGCAGAUACAUUCAGCCGCUGGGCGCUUGCGAUGAUUGCCUUCCUCAAGACGCUCGCCAAGAGGAGACCACGCACUUCGGCCAUCCCAGCAUCCGACGAUGCAUCUUUCCAAGAGAGCGUCAUUAAUCAUUGGAGCCGGCUCUUGUCCAUGGAGCUGAUGAAGUACAAUACAUUCCAGGUCGCCAACCGCUUUCAGAGAGCCGUAGCCGCGAGAGGACCUGCUCGACCAGUGCUUUUGCGGAGAAGUUCAUCAGCCGAGGCCCUUAUAGGCCUCACACAAGGCCCCUCUUCCGUGCGUGAAUCUGUCUGGCACUGCAUGCCGUUGUGCAUGCAGUUGCAUGGACCGUGACUUUUGUGUGUGUCUGCUUUGCAUGGUUGCUUCCCUGUUAUGCACUGCCUGUGAUUAUGCAUCUGCUGCUGCAUGCCC